CUCCCCCCUUUGCCCCCCAAGCAUCAGGGAGUCUCUGAUCCCCCAUCUCAGCCGUCAGGGAGUGUCUCCCCCUGCGGGAUGUUCUCCAGAAGGAGCCAUGCCGAUGUCAAGAAAUCUACACAGAAAGCUCUGGACCCAAAGAAGGACGUCCUGACCCGCCUCAAGCACCUCAAAGCGCUGCUGGAUAUUGUGGAUGGAACUGACCUGAAGCAAUUUUUUGAGAUCAACUAUUCUCAAAUUUAUUUUAUCUUCUAUGAAAAUUUCGUAACACUGGAAAAUAGCUUGAAACAAAAAGGGAAUAAAUCACAAAGGGAGGAGCUGGACUCCAUUCUGUUUCUUUUUGAAAAAAUAUUACAACUGCUACCUGAGAGGAUAUUUUAUCGAUGGCAUUUCCACAGUAUAGGGUCAGUUUUGAAGAAACUUUUGCACACUGGAAACUCUAUUAAGAUAAGAUGUGAAGGAAUCCGACUAUUUCUUCUUUGGCUUCAAGCACUUCAGACAAACUCCACAGAGGAGCAAGUGUUAAUUUUUGCAUGCCUAGUGCCUGGUUUUCCAGUGAUCAUGUCAUCAAGAGGUCCCUGUACACUGGAUACACUCAUUAGCCCUACUCCUAAUUUGCCUGAUGCAAAGAUUUAUCCUGAAGAAAUAACUCCACUUCUGCCAGCUAUCUCUGGUGAAAAGGUUGCUGAGGACCAAACCUGCUAUUUUCUUCAGAUAUUGUUAAAGUAUAUGGUAAUCCAGGCUGCAAGCUUAGAGUGGAAGAAUAAGGAGAACCAAGACACUGGUUUUAAGUUUCUCUUCGCCUUGUUUAGAAAGUAUUAUCUUCCUCACUUGUUUCCAUCUUUUACAAAACUAACCAACCUCUACAAACCUGUGCUUGAUAUUCCUGACUUGAGGCCAAAACCAGCAUACAUUACUGCAACUCGGAAUAAUGAAAACAUCUACAGCACGAAAAUCCCAUUCAUGGCUGCUCGUGUUGUUUUUAUUAAAUGGCUUGUAACCUUCUUUCUUGAAAAGAAGUACUUCACUUCAGUGCAGAAUACUAAAAAUGGAGGAGAAAUGCUGCCUAAAAUCAUUCAGACUGUUGGUGGUACAACUCAAGAUAAAAACCCCGAGUUGGAAACUAGUGUGCUAUCAGAACAAGAGAAAAAUCAUUCCAAUAGCAGCACUUUGUCUGAUAGGAGACUCAGUAACUCUAGUCUUUGCAGCAUCGAAGAACAACAUCGGACAGUGUAUGAGAUGGUACAGAGAAUUCUGUUGUCCACUCGAGGUUACGUCAAUUUUGUUAAUGAAGUAUUUCGCCAAGCUUUUUUGUUGCCUUCCUCUGAUAUAUCUGCAACACGGAAAGUGGUUAAGGUAUAUAGAAAGUGGAUAUUGCAAGACAAGCCUGUGUUCAUGGAAGAACCAGAUAAACAAGAAAAUAUUCAAGAUAAUGUGUCCAACUUGGAACAUACAGAGACAGAUUGCAAACAUCUUCCCUCUGGUCAUUCUGGACAUAAAAGAUCUUCCAGUUGGGGAAGAACUUACUCCUUCUCUAAUGCUGUUAGCAGAGGAUGUAUACUAGAAGAUGAAGACAAGAAUGUUAAGGCUGGUGCUCAGGCUUCAUUACAGGUGUUUUUGACGAACUCUGCGAAUGUUUUUUUAUUGGAACCAUGUGCUGAAGUCCCUGCUCUCCUGAAGGAACAAGUUGAUGCUUGCAAAGCAGUUUUGAGUAUUUUUAGGCACAUGAUAAUGGAACUUUCAAUGAAUAAAAAGACAUGGGAACAGAUGUUACAAAUACUCCUGCGAAUAACAGAAGGUGUCAUGCAGAAGCCAAAGGAUAACCAAGUAAAGGACAUGUUUGCUCAAAGCUUGGCAGGAUUACUUUUCAGGACUCUUAUUGUGGCUUGGAUCCGAGCAAAUCUGAGUGUUUACAUUUCUCGAGAACUCUGGGAUGAGCUGCUCAGCAUACUGUCUUCCCUUACUGACUGGGAGGAGCUGAUAACUGAAUGGGCCAAUAUCAUGGAUUCUCUAACGGCAGUGUUAGCAAGAAUGGUGUAUGGAGUUGAAAUGACAAACUUACCACUGGAUAAACUAAGUGAGCAAAAGGAAAAAAAACAAAGAGGCAAAGGUGGCAUCUCAGAUCCUCAAAAGGCAACUACAGUGGGACGAUCAUUUUCAUUAAGCUGGAGAAGUCAUCCUGAAGUUGUGGAACCAAUGAGAUUCAGGAGUGCUACUACCUCUGGAGCACCAGGAGUCGAGAAAGCAAGAAACAUAGUCCGACAAAGAGCAACAGAAGUUGAAGAAGCUCAGCAAUCAGAAAAUACAACAGGAGCAGAGUCUAGUGGCCUCUUUGCAGACCAGGACCAACAACUAACUCGAAGCAGUAGCACUUCAGACGUUACAGACCAAUUUAGUUCUGAUUUUUUUCAAGAUAAAAAGACUGAGAGUUCGCAGAAUUUAAAUUGUUCGGAUUCCAAAUCCAUUCAAGACAAGAAGGGAUAUAUGAAGAAAGAAAAUGAAGCCGAACAUGUUUUAAUACGAAGGAGCAGCAGUCCAGCUGAAUUAGAUUUGAAAGCAGACUUGCAGCAGUCACAUGGAAAUCAUAGAGAAAGAGAAAUGAGUGAAAGUGUUAGCAGUGACACGUUCAUUGGCUACAAUAAUGAAGUAGAGAUUACCCUGGUCCCCUGGCAAACAUGUGAAGAAGAACAUGAAGUUAAUAUACCAACAGAUGUUUGUGUAGAUGCAGAUGCUCGUCACUGGCUGCAGCUUAGUCCUUCCGAUGCUGCAAAUUUAACAGACAGUAGCGAGUUCCUUGCUGAUGACUGCAGUAUAAUUGCUGGUGGAAACCUCAUAGGUUGGCAUCCUGAUUCAGCUGCUGUGUUAUGGAGAAGGAUCUUGGGAAUUCUUGGAGAUGUGAACAAUAUCCAAUCUCCUAAAAUUCAUGCCAAAGUUUUUGGGUAUCUCUAUGAACUAUGGUACAAACUGGCAAAGAUAAGGGACAAUCUUGCUAUAAGUUUGGACAACCAGUCUACACCCUCUCCUCCUGUUUUAAUUCCACCUGUCAGAAUAUUUGCAUCAUGGUUGUUCAAGGCAACAACCUUGCCAAAUGAAUAUAAAGAAGGCAAACUUCAAGCAUACAGGUUGAUCUGUGCUAUGAUGACUAGGCGCCAAGAUGUUUUGCCAAAUUCUGAUUUCCUAGUGCAUUUUUAUCUCGUGAUGCACAUUGGCUUAACUAGUGAAGAUCAGGAUAUUUUAAAUACCGUCGUAAAACACUGCCCAUCUUGCUUUUUCUUCUUGGGUUUACCUGGUUUUACAAUGCUGAUAGGAGACUUCAUCACAGCUGCAGCCAGAGUCCUUAGUACAGACAUGUUGGAGGCCCCUCGCUCAGAAGCUCAUACCAUUCUUGGUUCUCUUGUUUGCUUUCCAAAUAUCUACCAAGAAAUCCCUCUAUUACAAUCCAUCCCUGAAGCUGAUGAAAUCAUCACAGGAGCUGCAGAUGUCAAAUGUUACCUCAUAAAUAUUCUAUUGAAGAAUGCCACAGAUGAGCCCAGUGAAGCUGCAAGGUGCAUAGCUGUUUGCUGCCUUGGAGUUUGGAUAUGUGAAGAACUAGUACAGUGCACAAACCAUCCUCAAGUGAAGGAUGCAAUAAAUGUUAUAGGUGUAACACUAAAGUUUUCUAAUAAACUGGUAGCUCAGAUAGCCUGUGAUGUUCUUCAACUGCUAGUUUCUUAUUGGGAAAAGCUUCAGAAGUAUGAAUCCUCUCUAUCCAGGAAAAUUACUGAAAUUCUCGUGGCCACCAUUGCAUUUCUUUUGCCAAGUGCUGAAUACUCCUCUGUAGAAACAGAUAAAAAGUUUAUAGUUUCAUUAUUACUUUGCUUGUUGGAUUGGUGCAUGGCGCUACCAAUGAAAACCUUACUAGAGCCAGUAUCUACUGUUCUGGAAGAUCAACAUUCCUCCAAAGCUCCCUUACUGGAUUACAUAUAUAGGGUGUUGCACUGUUGUGUUUACGGCUCAAGCACAUACACGCAGCAAAGCCAUUACAUAUUGAGCCUUGCAGAUCUCUCAUCUAAUGACUAUGAUCCAUUUUUGCCAUUGGGAAAUGUCAAGAAUUCUGAGCCAGCACAUUCCCAUUCCACCCCAGAUUUGGGAAAUCUGCUCACUGUUGUUGAGGAAAAAAGAAGAAGAAGCUUGGAAUUAAUACCUCUAACUGCACGGAUGGUUAUGACACAUCUAGUAAACCACUUAAGUCACUAUCCCCUCAGUGGAGGACCUGCUAUUCUUCACAGCCUUAUUAGUGAGAAUCAUGACAACUUUUAUGUGGAAUCUUCUGAGCUGUCUUCAGAAGUCUUCAGAAGUCCAAACUUGCAGUUAUUUGUAUUUAAUGACAGUACUCUUAUAUCUUACCUUCAAAUUCCUGCAGAAACGACCGUGGAUACUGAGCCAGCAGGAGCCCUCUCAGAUGUAAGAGUUAUUGUCAGAGAUAUCUCAGGGAAAUAUUCUUGGGAUGGCACGAUAUUAUACGGACCUUUGGAAGGCUGUCUAGCACGUCAGACUGGAAAUAAUUCAUUUAUGGUUUCGGGCAGUCAUGAAGGGCAAUUUGAGGCCCAGACAGACUUUUCUCAAACAGAAGAAGGAGAGGAUGCUCUUGACGAAUUGCUAGAAAAGAUUGGUAACACUAGUCCUGAAUGCCUUUUACAUCCACAGCUAAAAUUAAAUGAGCCAUCACCACCACCAUUUGGUAUGAGCCAUGAUCAAGAGAAUGAGAUCAUAGAAGCCAUAAUAAGGCAGAGUGCCCAAGAAAAAGAGCAUGUACAUAAAUGCAGCUCUGAUUUUGAUAUGAAAGUAGCCAGGGAAGAAGAACCAAGUUCUGCUGAACCACAAGCACCAUUUUAUUUCUGUAGGCUGUUGCUAAACGACUUAGGAAUGAAUUCUUGGGAUAGAAGAAAAAGCUUUCAUCUACUUAAGAAAAAUUCUAAAUUAUUGAGAGAGUUGAAAAAUCUGGACUCCCGGCAAUGCCGUGAAACUCACAAGAUUGCAGUGUUUUACAUUGCAGAAGGACAAGAGGACAAAUGCUCAAUAUUGUCCAAUGCAAGAGGAAGCCAAGCGUAUGAAGAUUUUGUUGCUGGAUUGGGCUGGGAGGUUGAUCUUUCAACACAUUGUGGAUUUAUGGGUGGUCUGCAACGUAAUGGCAGCACAGGACAAACAGCACCGUAUUAUGCUACCUCUACUGUGGAAGUCAUUUUUCAUGUGUCCACAAGAAUGCCGUCAGAUUCAGAUGAUUCACUGACCAAAAAGCUUCGUCACUUGGGAAAUGAUGAGGUUCACAUCGUCUGGUCUGAGCACACCAGGAACUACCGCAGGGGUAUUAUACCAACAGAUUUUGGAGAUGUUUUAAUUAUUAUUUAUCCAAUGAAGAAUCACAUGUUUUUCGUGGAGAUAAUGAAGAAACCAGAGGUCCCAUUUUUUGGUCCUCUCUUUGAUGGAGCAAUAGUGACUGCAAAACUGCUGCCAAGCCUUAUAUGUGCCACAUGCAUUAAUGCCAGCAGAGCUGUGAAAUCUCUCAUACCCCUCUACCAGAGCUUUUAUGAGGAAAGAGCUCUAUAUCUUGAAGCAAUAAUCCAGAAUCACAAAGAAGUAAUGACAUUUGAGGAUUUUGCAGCUCAGGUCUUUUCUCCCUCUCCUAGCUACUCUCUCAGUGGAACUGGUGAGUCUCUAUUAAAAUAUGUAAAGGUCUCAUUACGGUAAUUGAAAAAGGUAAGAGUGACACCUCGAGCAGGCUACAGCACUGGCAUCACGCUAGAUUUACUAACCAGCUUCCUUCCUUCCUUCUGUUGCUAAUAUAAAGCUGAAACAACUCUUGGUUUGUGGGGUCUCUCUCUUGCACUGCAGUCCCACCUCAUCUUCAGGCCGGGUCUCUUUUUCUUCCCCCCAAAACAUGAGUUCCAAGCUCUGUGCUGGAAAAGAGCGACCCUGACUAUGCCCAUCUCUGAGUAGCAGCUCUCAGAGCCCGGCUGCCUGCCCUGUUAGCAUCCCCCUGCAUGUCUGAGAAGCACAUACUUUUUUUUUCUUUC